AUGUGGCACCGAAGAGCUUCCUUCCCCGUCUUCAUCGUCAUCGAAUCGCACAUCUGUCAGCUUUUCUUCGAGUCCCUCCCCUCACCGUCGUGGUCCCCGACAUCCACUCCUACGCGCAACUUCAACCAGUAUGGUGAUCAUAACUCGAGUCUCAACUCAAACCCUCUGCCGCCGAUCACACCACGCUUCGGAAUGGCAAGUCCAGAGACUCGCUUUCCCCCUCAAGCCAACACUUCUUUCGUAACACCCCGACGGUCAUUUGGAGGACGUGGCACCGAAGAGCUUCAUCCCUCCCAGGAAACAGAUGUCUUGAUGCCUCUCCAGGAAACAGCGGAAGAAAAGCCUAUCGGGCCCCGUAGAACCUGGACUCCCAUCCACCUCCACAUUGACAUGAUCGCUGUGGACUUGUGGAUAGAUAAUAAUAAGCGGGCGUCUACAGCUAAUACCAGAACAACUGGUAGUGUUUUAGCUGGACGUGACGCCAAAUCCACUGCCGUCGCUUUACUACAUCUUCUUGAAAUUCAUUCACACCACCUUCCACAGCAUAUUCGUUACUCUCCCCAUCCUGGCGUUUACUGCAAGAAAACCGACUCCAUUAGUUGGUUGAGGGAAACUGAUCACGAUAUUCUUCUGGGAGACCCAUCAGCACCAUUUUACGAACGCACUCAUGGAAGUGGGCCCCUUGUUGAACUGUAUACAUCUGGACUCGAAGCUAUCUUUGAAGACAAUGACCUCUGGGGCAUGCGCGGUCAAUACAAGAUUCCGCUCAUAUGGCCUGAUACCAUUUCCUCUCCCAAGCGUCAUGCCAAAUUCUGGGCAGCUGGGCGCUGGACUGCACUCUCCAUCAUGCAUCGGCGUGGUGUCGCACCGUUCCCGCUGAGCCCUUUCUUCCUACUCUUCGUUAUAUAUGGCAAAGAAGGGUUACGAUUGUCUCUGGAGACGAUCCGCACCUUAGACUCGGAGAUGGGCGCGCGACUCUCACCCUGGUUUUCUUUUGGACGCUUUCAGGUAAUCGACGCCCCGAGUGAUGCCGUUGCAGUCCUGAUUUCAGCAAUAUUGCCUAGCUUGGCUAUCAUAAAACAUAGCCGGACGGUCGAAGAGCAUGCAGGGCUUGGCUUGACUCUGGCUUUGCACGUUCUUCUCGGUUUCGAUGACGAAAAUCAUAGUGAGAUUGAUGCCUUUCGUCAAGGCUUUCGUGGUGUAUCCCAAGGAGGCCCGAGUGAAGGUCAAGACUCCCUCACCAGUCUUUUGGAAUAUUCCACCCAGGGCCUGACCUUUGUAGCCACCAUCUAUGAUAGAACCAUCAAGUCUUUGGAUCAGGUGCUCUCUGAGUUGCGAUUCGAGUUCCAUGGGGAGUCCGACGACGACGUUGCGAUGACCUUAUCAAAACUUUUCCAAAUUCGAUUCAUUCGGUAUCUUCAUGGUCACGGACAUCCCAGCACCUACUUGGACCUAGUGACGCCAGACGAGUUUGAUCGACAUCGACAUGACCCUCUUCGGCACGGUAAUGGUGUUUGUGGUCCCAAAGGAGCAGUGCAGAAAAUCGGCCAAAAAGGGAAAGAGGAGAGAAAAGAAAAAGGGGAAUUUCCAGUUUAUAAUCUAUCUAGCGAUAGAAUUACACCAGUCCUCAUUGAAAUUCCAGGCAAAUACUGA